AUGAAGGUAAGCCUAGAAGUUCAAUGGUCGAUGCAAACUAUUUUUUCUGCAGAUUCAAAUCAAUCCGUACAAUAGUCAACCAUACAGCAACCGUUAUUGGACAAUCUGGGAGAAGAGAAGUCAGCUGCCAGUCUGGGAGUACAAGGAGAAGUUCAUGGAGCUUCUUCGCAACAAUCAAUGCAUCACACUCGUGGGAGAGACUGGAUCAGGAAAAACUACUCAAAUUCCACAAUGGGCUGUCGAGUUCAUGAAGCAGCAACAACAGGGAUUGCCUCCAAGUCAGGCCAGACUAGUCGCCUGCACACAACCUAGAAGAGUUGCUGCAAUGAGUGUCGCCACUAGAGUUGCCGAGGAGAUGGACGUUGUACUUGGACAAGAAGUUGGAUACAGUAUUCGUUUCGAGGAUUGUAUCAGUGAACGCACCGUUCUGAAGUACUGUACCGAUGGUAUGCUGCUCAGGGAAGCGAUGAACAGCCCGCUUCUCGAUAAAUACAAGGUUCUGAUUCUCGACGAAGCUCACGAGAGAACCUUGGCUACUGAUAUUCUGAUGGGACUAAUCAAGGAAAUUGUGAGAAACCGUGCUGAUAUCAAAGUCGUCAUCAUGUCUGCCACUUUGGACGCCGGAAAGUUCCAGAAAUACUUUGAAGAUUGUCCGUUGCUCAGUGUCCCCGGAAGAACAUUCCCUGUCGAAAUCUUCUUCACUCCAGAAGCUGAAAAGGAUUAUUUGGAAGCCGCUAUCCGUACUGUCAUUCAAAUCCACGUUUGCGAAGAGACGGAAGGAGACAUCUUGCUCUUCCUAACCGGUCAAGAAGAAAUUGAAGAAGCGUGCAAGCGGAUAGAUAGAGAGGUCCAGAACAUGGGUCAGGACGUCGGAGCACUCAAUUGCAUACCUCUCUAUUCGACCCUUCCGCCGGCCUCCCAACAACGCAUCUUCGAACCUGCUCCUCCAAAUCGUCCGAACGGUGCCAUUGGUCGCAAGUGUGUUGUCUCCACAAACAUCGCUGAAACCUCUCUCACAAUCGACGGAGUCGUCUUCGUCAUAGACCCCGGAUUCUCUAAGCAGAAAGUCUACAAUCCACGAAUCCGUGUCGAAUCUCUUCUAGUCUGCCCGAUCUCAAAGGCCUCCGCAAUGCAAAGAGCUGGUCGUGCCGGAAGAACGAAGCCUGGAAAAUGCUUCAGAUUAUACACGGAAACCGCUUACAAGUCAGAAAUGCAAGAUCAGACUUACCCGGAAAUCCUCAGAUCGAAUCUCGGUUCUGUUGUCCUUCAACUGAAAAAGUUAGGAACGGAGGACCUCGUCCACUUUGACUUCAUGGACCCUCCAGCACCGGAAACCCUGAUGAGAGCUCUAGAGCUUCUCAAUUACCUUCAGGCGAUCAACGACGACGGAGAGCUCACAGAGCUAGGUAGUCUGAUGGCCGAGUUUCCUCUCGAUCCUCAGUUGGCCAAAAUGCUCAUCACUUCAACCGAAUUGAACUGCUCCAAUGAGAUUCUCUCGAUCACUGCUAUGUUAUCUGUUCCACAGUGUUUCGUACGGCCGAAUGAGAUGAAGAAGGAAGCCGACGAAGCGAAAGCCCGAUUUGCACACAUCGACGGUGAUCAUCUGACACUUCUGAAUGUCUAUCACGCAUUCAAACAGAGUAAGUCCGCAUCUUCCUUAUUUCCCAUACAAUUUUUGUUAUUUUCAGAUCAGGAAGAUCCACAAUGGUGCUAUCAGAAUUUUAUCAACUACCGUACAAUGAAGACUGCUGAUACCGUCCGUGUGCAACUGGCGCGUGUUAUGGACAAGUUCAACCUUCGCCGAGUUUCAACGGAUUUCAAGUCUCGUGAUUACUACCUCAACAUUCGGAAGGCCCUCGUUGCCGGCUUCUUCAUGCAAGUCGCUCAUCUGGAAAGAAGUGGACACUACGUGACCGUCAAGGAUAACCAGUUGGUGAAUUUGCAUCCGUCGACGGUUCUCGAUCACAAGCCCGAGUGGGCACUUUACAACGAGUUCGUGCUCACCACAAAGAACUUCAUCAGAACUGUCACUGACGUCCGUCCCGAGUGGUUAGUUCUUACUCCUCAGAGCGUUUCCAAACUCUGUCACUUUUCAGGCUCCUCCAAAUCGCCCCUCAAUAUUAUGAUCUCGCAAACUUCCCCGAAGGAGACACCAAACGAAAGCUGCAGACUGUGAUGCAAACGUUGCAGAGAAACUCAGGAAGAGGAUAUUGA